CGAACACCCUGGGGUCGCCCACUGUGGCUCCACCACAACCAGAAGUGGGCGGGGCUUUUUGCAUGACAUCACAGGAGGAGAGGAGAGGAGCAGUAUAAAAGAAGUGGCAGAGUUCAGGCACCUCCAGAUAAACCACAGCAGCACAACAAACCACCUCUGCAACUGGAUAUACAGAAGAUCCUCCAUGCAGAGCUCCAUCCUGCAGAUAUCAACCAUGACUACUCAAAGCAGCAUUCUUCUCCUCGUCACAAUUUGGGCUUCAAUGCAGGACGGUUUGGGUCUUCCGGUGAUGAAACAGCUGGAAGUGGAGUCCACUGACGGUGUCCCAGCACACAAAGUGAGGACCAAACGCUGUGCUGCAGCACCUUGCUGGACACCCGAGUGCCACUACUUCUGGCACCUGGAUAUCAUCUGGGUCAAUACACCCAGCAAGACAACAGUUUACGGCCUUGGCAGCGCUUUGUCUCGACGCAGAAGGUCCACCAGCCGCUGCGCCUGUGCCAACCCCGACGAUCAAACCUGCACCACCUUCUGCCAUCUCAGCUUCUGA